AUGUCCAAUCCAAAGGACUUUAGCCAGCCCGGCAGCCACGAAAGCAACUUUGGCGUCGACUUUGUAAUUCACUAUAAGGUCCCUGUCGCAGAGCGCGACGAAGCUGAAGCAGGCUUCGUACAACUCAUCCAAGCCCUCACCGCCGUCGGCCUAGCCACCGAAGUCCGCCAUGGAGAAAACGAAUCUCUCCUCGUCUUUGUCAAAGUCGCAUCUCCCGACCUCUUCGCGAAGCAGGUCUACCGUGCUCGCCUCGGCGAUUGGCUUCACGGCGUCCGCGUCUCGGCUCCCCAUAAUGAUAUCGCACAGGCCCUGCAAGAUGAGCCCGUCGUCGAGGCCGAGCGCCUGCGUUUGAUCUACCUCAUGAUCACCAAGCCCCGUAAUGAGGGCGGCGCCGGAGUCACGCCCACCAAUGCCAAGUGGAAGCACGUCGAUUCCAUCUUUCCCCUUCACAGUCAUUCCUUCAACAAGGAAUGGAUCAAGAAAUGGAGUAGCAAGUACACUCUGGAACAGACCGACAUCGACAACAUCCGAGACAAGUUUGGCGAGAGCGUCGCCUUCUACUUUGCCUUCUUGCGGUCCUACUUCCGAUUCCUCGUCAUCCCGUCUGCUUUUGGAUUUGGUGCUUGGUUGCUUCUAGGCCAAUUCUCAUACCUCUAUGCCCUUCUAUGCGGCCUCUGGUCUGUAGUCUUCUUCGAGUACUGGAAGAAGCAGGAAGUCGAUCUUGCCGUCCAGUGGGGCGUCCGAGGAGUUUCCAACAUUCAACGGUCCAGACCCGAAUUUGAGUGGGAGCAUGAGGCUGAGGACCCCAUCACUGGCGAGCCUGUCAAGGUCUACCCGCCUAUGAAGCGAGUCAAGACCCAGUUGCUCCAGAUUCCCUUCACUCUGGCCUGCGUCAUUGCCCUGGGUGCCCUCAUCGUGACCUGCAACUCUCUCGAGGUGUUCAUCAAUGAGGUUUAUAGUGGCCCAGGCAAGCAGUAUCUCGGAUUUCUGCCUACCAUCUUCCUCGUUAUUGGAACCCCAACUAUCUCGAGCGUCCUCAUGGGAGCUGCUGAGAAGUUGAACGCCAUGGAAAACUAUGCAACUGUAGAUGCCCACGAUGCUGCUCUCAUCCAGAAGCAGUUUGUGCUCAACUUCAUGACUUCUUACAUGGCCUUGUUCUUCACGGCCUUUGUCUACAUUCCGUUUGGACAUAUCCUGCAUCCCUUCCUCAACUUCUGGAGAGCGACCGCCCAGACCCUCACCUUUAGCGAGAAGGAGUUGCCAACACGGGAGUUUCACAUCAACCCUGCUCGAAUUAGUAACCAGAUGUUCUACUUCACCGUGACGGCCCAGAUCGUCAACUUUGCGACCGAAGUUGUAGUGCCCUACAUCAAGCAACAAGCGUUCCAAAAAGCCAAGCAGCUCAAGUCCGGGUCUAAGGUGCAGGAGGACCACGAGGAGGAGGCCGAAUUCCUUGAGCGUGUCCGUAAAGAGUGCACUCUGGAGGAGUACGACGUCUCAGGAGAUUACCGUGAGAUGGUGAUGCAGUUUGGAUACGUCGCCAUGUUCUCGGUUGCUUGGCCAUUGGCGGCCUGCUGCUUCCUUGUCAACAACUGGGUUGAGUUGCGAUCAGACGCACUCAAGAUCGCCAUCAGCAGCCGGCGUCCCAUCCCCUGGCGGACCGACUCGAUUGGACCCUGGUUGACGGCCCUGAGCUUCCUCUCCUGGUUAGGCAGUAUCACAAGCUCGGCUAUUGUGUACCUCUGCAGCAACUCCAAGAACGGCACUCAAGGCGAGCCGUCUGCCCUGAAGGCGUGGGGUUUGCUACUGAGCAUUCUGUUUGCGGAGCACUUCUACCUGGUUGUCCAGCUGGCGGUCCGCUUUGUGCUCAGCAAACUUGACAGCCCCGGACUGCAGAAGGAGCGCAAGGAACGGUUCCAGAUGAAGAAGCGACUGCUCGAAGAGAACUUGGGGCAAGACGCCGCUGAAGAGGCCACAGCACCCGGUAUUGAGCAUAGCGAGAAGAUCACCCGUGAAGCCCUGGAGGAGGAGGCCCGACAGGCGUCGAUCCGGGGCCAUGGAACUCCUGAGGAGAUGUUCUGGCAACGCCAACAGGGUAUGCAGGAGACAAUUGAGGUUGGGCGAAGAAUGAUUGAGCAGCAACUUGCUGCCGGCCAAAAUGGAAAGAAGAGCGCUUCCGCUGUUCCAAGCGAAAAGGCCUCGUGA